AUGACAGAUUCCAGUAAAAGCGUCCCACUAACAAGUUCAAUGAGUAGAGAAGAUGUCAAGCUUUGCAUGGAAAAUGAGAGCUUGGAAGCAAGUGGAAUUACCGACAUAGAUUCAAAGCACAAGGAUCCACAGAUGUGUAGCCACUAUGCAGCUGAUAUAUAUUCUGCUACGCGUAUAAGACAGAUUGACCGGAGGCCAUCGGCUGAUUAUAUGAAAAAACUGCAACGAGACAUUACUGAGGGUAUGAGGGCUAUACUGAUUGAUUGGCUAGUUGAGGUUUCUGAAGAAUAUGGGCUGAUGCCUGAUACACUAUACCUGACUGUAAAUCUCAUUGAUAGAUAUCUAUCUGAGAAUUACAUGACAAAGCAGAAGCUUCAACUUCUUGGUGUGACCUGCAUGCUCAUUGCCUCCAAGUACGAAGAAAUUUGUGCGCCUCGUGUGGAGGAGUUUUGCUUUAUAACAAACAAUACCUACACGAAAGAAGAGGUGGUGAAAAUGGAAAGUUGUGUUCUCAACUUUUUGGGAUUUCAACUAUCUGUUCCCACCACAAAGAAGUUUCUUAGGAGGUUUAUUCAAGCAGCACAAGUUUCUUACAAGGUCCCGUCUGUUGAGCUGGAAUUCUUGGCUAACUAUUUAGCAGAACUAACUGUAACUGACUACAGUUUCCUGAAAUACUUACCAUCCAUGAUUGCUGCCUCUGCUGUGCUUCUAGCCAAAUGGACUCUUGAUCAGUCUGAGCAUCCAUGGAAUCGAAUACUGGAGUACUACACAAGGCAUAAAAUGUCAGAGCUAAAACCGGUUGUUUUGGAACUGCAAAACUUACAGCUUAACCCAAGCGGUAACAUGUCGGGUGCCGUACGCCUGAAAUACAAACACUCCAGGUUCAAGUGCGUUUCAACUCUGCGUUCAUCACAAUCAGUUGAAUCGGUUUUCAGAGAAUAA